GCAGCGGGGGCGCCUGCCGGGGUGCGGAGGCGCCGAGGCGCCGCCGCUAGGAAGCGGCGGGGUGAGGCGAAGCGAAGCGAAGCGAAGCGAGGCGAGGUGAGGUGAGGAGCUGAGGAUGAGCACGCCCGUGACGAUGUCGACGUACGUCCGGUGCCUCAGCUACGGGCUGAUGAGGCAGCUGGCAGACUUCAUCGACCCGCAGGAGGGGUGGAAGAAAUUAGCAGUAGAUAUAACCAACCCGACCGGUGAAAGCAGAUACAACCAAAUGCAUAUAAGGAGAUUUGAGGCAUUUGUCCAAAUGGGAAAGAGCCCCACGUGCGAAUUGCUUUAUGACUGGGGAACGACAAACUGUACAGUUGCUGAUCUUGUGGACCUGCUGAUUAGGAAUCAAUUCCUAGCACCAGCAAGCCUUUUGCUUCCAGAAGCUGUAAGGAUGGCACAAGAAGUUACGUUACCUCUUUCUUCACAGGAAACAUUGCCUAUACAUGAGAAACAACUGCCUGUACAGGAAAAAGAAGUGGCUUCUAUAAAGCCUGUUUUAGCUCAGAGUACUGAGAAGCAACGUUCAGCUCCUUUUUUCAGUCAAGAAAACAGCAGCCCACAGUCCAGUAACACAGGUUUCCAUAAUUUUUCCUUUCGUGACUUGGAAAGUGUUACAAAUAAUUUUGAUGCACGACCAGAAUCAGCUGGAGGUAAUAAACUGGGAGAAGGUGGCUUUGGCAUUGUGUUCAAAGGCUACAUCAACGGCAGAAAUGUGGCUGUCAAGAAGCUUAUUGCCAUGGUUGAUGUUAGUGUUCAGGACUUGAAACAGCAAUUUGAUCAAGAAAUAAAAUUGAUGGCAAAGUGUCAGCAUGAAAACCUGGUAGAAUUACUUGGUUUCUCAAGCGAUGGUGCUCAGCCAUGUCUGGUGUACGAAUACAUGCCCAACGGUUCCUUGCUUGACAGACUUGCUUGUCUGGAUGACACUCCACCAAUUUCUUGGAAUACAAGAUGUAAAAUUGUUCAAGGCACAGCAAAUGGCAUCAACUUUUUGCAUGAAAAUAAUCAUAUUCACAGAGAUAUUAAAAGUGCAAAUAUCUUAUUAACUGAUACAUAUAUGCCCAAAAUUUCUGACUUUGGACUUGCAAGAGCAUCUGUAACAUUCACACGAACAAUCAUGACUGAAAGAAUUGUUGGAACAGCAGCCUAUAUGGCACCUGAAGCUCUGCGAGGAGAGAUAACACCUAAAUCAGAUAUCUUCAGUUUUGGAGUAGUCUUACUAGAAAUAAUAACGGGUCUUCCUCCGGUAGAUGAAAAACGGGAGCUGCAGUUACUGUUAAAUAUCAAAGAUGAAAUUGAGGAUGAGGAAGCAACUAUUGAGGAUUAUGUUGAUGAAAAGAUGAGUGACUGGGAUGCACCUUCAGUUCAUAAAAUGUAUUCAAUUGCUGAUCGGUGUCUGAAUGAGAAAAAAACCAGAAGGCCAGACAUUAAGAUGGUGUGUAGUCUCACAGAUCAACGGCUUCUUUUGAGUGUGUGUGUCCCCGUGUCCCUGCCCAUGUGUGUUUACAGUAUCCGUUAUUUGUACUUCUGUCUGUUCUCUUGCAGGUUCAACAGCAUCUACAAGAGAUAAAAAUUUCAUAAGUGUUUCUUCCGAUACACAAAUGUUUUUGUAAUGGAAUAGACACCAGUAGCAAAUAUUUUAUUAGUUAUUUAGUGGGACAUUAUCAGCUUUUCUGCUUCCCAGAACUUCCUGGUCUGCAUGUAAGGUGGGUUGUUGGCCUGUCACCAUGUUUUUGUUAACUGAGCAGCCUUUCACAUAUCCUUAACCGUUGGGCCCCUAACAUGAGAAAACAGGGUUUUUGUAUUAACAAAUUGCCGUGCUGGUGCAUAUUCUCCACAGCUUUUUAAAUGCAUUUCUGUAUUAGAAUCUAUUAUUUGGUUCUUUUGAUUUCCAAGUAUCAAGUAUGUCUGCUGCAAAGGCAUAUGACAGUAAUAGGUAAAUAUUUUUUCUGCAAACUGCUUCCUUGAUCAGGUAUACUACACCUCUUUCUAUUGAAGACAAAAACAUUUAAUAUAGAUAUAAAUGGCACUUCCAUUGUCUUUGGGAGAAAAAGUAAUAGUAGUACCUGUUUAAAACAAGCUUUAUUUAGCAUUUUGACUUGAGAAUUUAUAUUGGUCCGAAUGGACUGAUAAUGUUUGUGAAUGUGAUUGUUUUCCAGAAUGUCCUCUCAAGAUUAGUUUUAGUCAAAUAAAUGCUGCAAGACAUAUCCUAGGUUGUUUUUUUUUUGGUUUCAAGGAUUUCCAAGCAAAAUAACUGCUGUGCAGUGCAAAUGCAAAAAUACAUCUGGCUUCCUGCCAGUGAACUCUAUAUGAUGACAAACCAUUUAAUUUUUGUUCAUAGGAAGACUCUUAGCUGCUUUGAGUAUUAUAUACUUCAGGGGAAGAUUCCAUAUGGAUUAUAAAUAUAGAUGAUUUA